AUGUCUAGCGGCUCCAGUGAAGUCGAUGUGAUAAGGACACGAAUACCAGCUUAUGAUGAUGAUAACUCUGUUCUUUAUGCUUAUGAACCAAAUACCGCACAUACCAAUAAUGAAAAGCCUGUAUCAGAAGCAUCCUACAAUGAAGAACAUCAAAAAACAGUGAUGGACGUGCUUUCUCAUUGCCAGGUUAUCUAUGAAGCCAUCCAAAACCUGGAUAAGAAGUUUGAUGUCAUUCACGGGAAAGUUACAAAACUCCAACGUUUUCGUAUGAAAUCGUUGUGGCAACAUCGCAAACUACUUGGAUAUGCGUACAGAAAUUAUAGCUACAUGCUUUCUAAAAAGAUUAAAUUCCUGAAAAUGAAGAAGAAGGGGCCUCCGGCUGUGUUCUCCUACCCUGAAAGUUACAGCCCAACUAUGCCAGUAGACAGCCAAAUAAUUAAUGAUUCCCAGAGCAACACUGUGGGAACCCCUUUCCAGUCAGAUGAGUCCUUCGAACAUGACCUAGAUUCACCUCACGAGGUCCAUGACCUGGUCCUUAGCCAGAGUCCAACAAUUCCUCUCAUGGCCUCACAUUCAUACCGGCCCUGUUUCACACCUGACCCAGCCCCGGGGCCCUGCUUUGACAGUCCUGGGGCUCGCAGCAUCAUCAGUCUCUACUCGCCAUCUCGAGCUGCAGAUAUGUCUGUGAGUGCUUGCAAUCAGGAGGAACCAGGCCUGGUGCGCAGCCCCGGGACGAUGGCUUACCCAGCUCCGGAGGGGCCGUGUGCAGCUCCGUCUCUCUGCAUCCCGGCCACCUUUGAAUCACCAGAAGAAAAUGACCUACAGCCCUUCCCUGAGGACCCUUCAACCUGGACAGUGGAUGAAGUGAUAAAGUUUCUGAAGCAUACUGACCACCAGACACUUGCCCCCGUCGUCGACCUCUUCAGGGAACAUGACAUUGACGGGAAGGCCCUGCUACUACUCAAGAGUGACAUGAUGAUGAAGUACAUGGGGCUGAAGCUGGGGCCGGCCGUGAAGUUGGACCACUACAUUGAAAAGCUUAAAAAUGAAAAAUACUUUGACAACUAA